UAAUAAGGAGACGCGCGCCUGCGCACGCACACCCGCCGGCAGAUCAACGUUCGCCACAGACCUCCAAAAGAGAACAGUCGUUUAAAACUGUGUGUAACCGGCAGUUGAGUAUUGUAUAGUUCAUUGUUCUUCUGGAUUAAUUCAAUAUGGCAUCGGGUGUAACAGUGUCGGACGCGUGCAAGACCACAUACGAGGAGAUCAAGAAGGACAAGAAGCACCGUUACGUGAUCUUCUUCAUCAAGGACGAGAGGCAGAUCGAUGUGGAGGUGAUCGGAUCGCGGGACGAGGAGUACGACCAGUUCCUCACCAACCUGCAGGCAGGCGGGGCCGGCGAGUGCCGCUACGGCCUCUACGAUUUCGAGUACAUGCACCAGUGCCAGGGCACGUCCGAGUCCUCCAAGAAACAGAAGCUCUUCCUCAUGUCGUGGUGUCCCGACACCGCCAAGGUUAAGAAGAAGAUGUUGUACUCUAGUUCAUUCGAUGCGCUGAAAAAGUCGCUGGUGGGCGUGCAGAAGUAUAUCCAAGCAACAGAUUUGUCUGAGGCUAGCCAAGAAGCCGUUGAGGAGAAACUCCGAGCCACCGACCGUCAAUAGUGCGCACGCGUGGCCAAUUUUGUAUAACCUCGUGACUGUCUAACUCACGCACCGAAACUACCAUGGUGUAUUAUUUAAUAUAAGAUUUUCAAUAUUUAAUAUUGCUUCAUUUUAAAAGUACCGUAACUGUGUAAUUAUUUGAGAAAAAUUAUAUAUCUGUAUUUAAUAUGCAGUAAAAAUUUUCACAGACAAAUACAACCCAUGUUCUUUAUUUGUAUCUACUAGGUAUAUCCAUUUUUUUUUGUUUUUAUUUUACCUUUCCAUAUUUUUUAUUUAAUAAAAAGAAGUAUGCUAACCGAG